AAAGGCCGUGGUCAGAAGCUCCGCAACUUUUACCGUCGACAGCCGCCGUGCGCGCGCAGACAUAGCUGCGCGAGAACUAUGUAGUGAGGAGCUUCCGCGUGCGUGUACGUUCGCAUGAAGGAACUGAGGCGAGCCACAUACGGGGCGCGUGUCACGGGAAAAACGUCGCAUCCGUUGAUGUUGUUUUGACGCAGGUGACGUAGACCGUGACGCUUAACGAUGAGAUAAGCAGAUCCGCUCCGCGUGAAUAAAUAACAUGAGCGCGCAUGUGUGUGCGUGCACGUGUCACAUUGACGGACAGUCAGGGGAUUUCUGAGCUGCGCACUUUAGAUUUUUCUAGCAAAACGCGGCGGAGUGAAGAGAGAAAGCUCACGGUGCUUCCUCUGUGGGUAGUUUGGCCGAGGACGGCGCGAGCUGCCCGAAACCGGCUCCACGCCUGACGCACCCGCGAGCAAACACACACGCACACACACCAACAUGCGGGGCUUCAAAUAAAUGGGAGCUGCACGUGAGAAUAAAGAGCACCCUGAAGACAAAGUGACCUCAGUGGGUUAACAAGUCACAUGUGUCCCGCCAGAAGACACCAGAAGCGACAGCAGAAUGGGACCACGGCCUCUGUGUAGCUCACCUUCAACCCUUCAUGGAUUAAAAUGGCACUUUGGCUGAGACGGGAAGGAAGCUGAGACCUGGUUUUACUCUGAGAACUCUGGGAACGGGUUUAAAGGAGGAUUGGAUCAGUCCGGUUUUCCUUGAGCUUGAUGGGACUGAUGAGGUCCCGUGAAGAUGGAGAAAGAUGUGAGUGGGAGAUGUUCCUAAAGAAGGACUGACUGUAAUAUUCAAGCCAAGAAUGGAGCAGGAUUUCACACAGUAGCUCCUCGAAUCGCUCGUGUGCUCUUCCUGGACUCAUCGGUGGUUUCUCCAGCUCUUUACGCAGUUCAGCGAGUAGAAAAACUAAACUGCAGCCGCAGCGUCGUCCUGUUAGCGUUCCUCCUUGUUGUGGAUGGACGUCUGACUCUUCUGGAGCUCGGAGGACAUUUUUCCCCCUCUGGAUCUUUGUGUACUUAAAAAAUGGCUGCGACAGGACGGAAGCACCUGGUGAGAGAUUUUAACCACUUCAUCACCUGUUACCUGUGUCGAGGUUACCUGAUCAAACCGACCACAGUGACCGAGUGCCUGCACACCUUCUGUAAGAGCUGCAUCGUGCAGCACUUUGAGGAGAGUAAUGAUUGUCCCACAUGUGGGAUCCAGGUCCACGAGACCAACCCGCUGGAGAUGCUCCGGUUGGACAACACCCUGGAGGAGAUCAUUUUCAAGCUGGUGCCUGGACUCAGAGAAAAAGAAGAACAGCAAGAACUGGAGUUCUGGAGGAAGAACCAGCCCAGAGAAAAUGGCCAAGAAAACCUGAGGUGUCAGCGUCUCGGGCUUCCUGACGGCGGCGGUGACGGAGGUGCCGGCGGUGGCGAUGAGGCCGACUGUGCUGGAGACGAUGACUACCACCGGAGCGACCCUCAGAUCGCCAUCUGUCUGGACUGCCUCCGCAACACGGGGCAGGCGGGGGAGAGCAGCGUCACGGACUUAAUGAAGAGGUUCAUCCGCUGCUCCAGCAGAGUGACGGUGGGAACGAUCAAGAAGUUCCUGAGUCUGAAACUAAAGCUGCCGAGCUCGUACGAGCUGGAUGUGCUUUGCAAUGGAGAAAUCAUGGGCAGAGAUCACACUCUGGAGUUCAUCUACAUGACCCGAUGGAGGCUGCAUGGCGAGAACACGUAUCCCAUGGUUCUCGAGUACCGACCGCGGAUCGACUUUGGCUGAGCCAUGGCUGCAAGACAAGGACCUACAUACAUGCACAGAUGUGCACAUACAUGCACACAUUCAUCUAAAGUGUAGGUGUGAUGCACACCUAACAUUUCAAUCCAGACACACAGCAACACAGCGACACACACGCCCAGAACAUGCAGAGAAAAGAGAUUUAGAUGUAUUUUUGUACAGCAGAUGAUGAAGUGCAUUGGUUGUUAUGUUUAAAGCUUUUAUGCUACAUAGAAUAAUAUAUGCUAUAUGAUAUUUUUAAAUGUACGUCCCUGUGCCUAAAAACCUUCGGAUCAGAGAUGAAGAACGACCAUAUCUUCAGUUUGCCUGUUUAACUCUAACUGUAGAUUAAAUGUUGAUUUUCUACUGUG